AAAAAAUAAAGGAAAAUUAUUACAAAGGAUUGUGAAACCUUUUUCUUCGUCUCUUCCGCUCCAUGAGCCGGUCGAGUGCGCAUGCGCUGAAGCUGGUCGAGUGACGUCAAGGUUCCCCACAUUCAGUGUCUUCUCGUCUCGUUCUAAGCUCGAGUCGCCAUGGGUGAACAGAUGGCAGUGGGCGUGGUGCUCGUGCUCGUGGGUUUGGUGGGCGUGAUGGGCGGGGCCGAGGUGUCUCCCACGCGCGUGAGUGGCACGCCCGAGAGGACCAAGCCGCCCACGGAGGGAGCACGCCCACAGUACGUGCAGACGCUCUACAAGAACACUCCCACCCAGGUGGUGAUGAACACGGUGGAACCCCUGUGGCCCUCCUACGAGGUGAGUUACUACAGCACCAAGACCACGGCCAUCGGUAACCAGACCAUCUCGACGUCUCACGUGGAGUUCGCGACCGUCCUCAACUCCACGGCCGAGUACUACACCGACCUGUCGGCGACCAACACCUGGGACGUCGCGCCCACCACCUACCAGACUAUGGACUUCCAGCACCAGAGAGUCACCUUCACUGAUGCGGCCAACGUCACCCACACCAGCAUCGAGAAUAAUGACUUACCUUUUGUCUAAACUUGGGACAGUUAGAAAAAAUAAGCCUUGGUAUGCGACCCUCUUUUUUCAGAGGGUACUUUGAGGAGGUAAUUUUAUUGUGUGAUAAAGGGCAUGGUUAAAAUAGUAAUAUUGAUAGUACUGGCAUUAUGGAUGAAAAAGAAAAAAAAAUCAGAUAUACGGAGAAUAAGAUUUCGUCUAUAAAUCUUUGUUUUUUUUUCGAUUGAUGCUUUGUCUUAAAGUAAAAUUGGUUCAUGUUGAUGGCCGAUUCAAAGAAUUAUCCUUAUUGUAUGGUUUUAUAUAUUAUUCUCUUGAUAAAACUUCAUUUCGUAUUCUGUGCUUUUAAAUGCAUACAGUGUAACGUUGCAUCGAAAGGCUUGCUGGUACAUGGGAAUAUAUAUAUUUUUAUUACGUUACAGCUUAUGCUUUUUUGUAUUACGUGUUACAAGUUAACGGUGCAUUCAUGUGACCAAUAAGCGUCAUUAUAUUGUUUGUGAGGAAAAGUCAUUUUCAAUAUUAUGCAAGUACAGCUUCGGCUAAAAUAUCA